CACGCCGCCACCUGAGGGCAGGGGCCGGGAGCCGCCUCCGGGGCCGACACGCGGGAGACCGACGCUCCGGGGGGCAUUUCCCCGGCCCCCGUCGGAGAGCGCCGCCCCGAGUAGAGCCUGGCCUGGCGGUCCGAGGACUACCCCGCCCUGGCCGCCAGGGACCCCCGGGAGUGACCCCGAGGGUGGCACAGUCCGAGCGCAAGCCAGGGCAACCUCGCGUGGGCCAGGGGCGAUGGGGACCCGGGCCCUGCCGCGCCUCCUCCUGCUCCUCCCGCUGCUGCGGCCGCGGGGAGCCUCGGCCGGGAGCCUGCAGAACCCAGGCCCGUCCGAGUGCUUCCAGGUGAACGGCGCCGACUACCGCGGGCACCAGAACCGCACGGGCCCGCGCGGCGCCGGCCGACCCUGCCUCUUCUGGGACCAGACACAGCAGCACAGCUACAGUAGCGCCAGCGACCCCCAGGGCCGCUGGGGGCUGGGCGCGCACAACUUCUGCCGGAACCCAGACGGUGACGUGCAGCCGUGGUGCUACGUGGCCGAGACGGAGGAGGGCAUCUACUGGCGCUACUGCGACAUCCCCACAUGCCACAUGCCAGGCUACCUGGGCUGCUUCAUGGACUCGGGGGCACCCCCCGCCCUCAGCGGCCCCAGUGGCACCUCAACCAAGCUGACCGUCCAGGUGUGCCUUCGCUUCUGCCGCAUGAAGGGCUACCAGCUGGCAGGUGUGGAGGCCGGCUAUGCCUGCUUCUGUGGCACUGAAAGCGACCUGGCCCGUGGACGCCCGGCCCCGGCCACCGACUGUGACCAGAUCUGCUUCGGCCACCCAGGCCAGCUGUGUGGAGGCGACGGGCGCUUGGGCAUCUAUGAAGUGUCCGUGGGCUCCUGCCAGGGCAACUGGACUGCACCUCAGGGCGUCAUCUACUCCCCGGACUUCCCGGACGAGUACGGGCCGGACCGGAACUGCAGCUGGGAGCUGGGCCCGCCGGGCGCCGCGCUGGAGCUCACCUUCCGCCUCUUCGACCUGGCCGACCCCCGCGACCGGCUGGAGCUGCGAGACGCCGCCUCGGGCCGCCUGCUCCGCGCCUUCGACGGCGCGCACCCGCCGCCCCCCGGGCCGCUGCGCCUGCGCGCCCCCGCCCUGCUGCUCGCCUUCCACAGCGACGCGCGCGGCCACGCGCAGGGCUUCGCGCUCACCUACCGCGGCCUGCAGGACGCCGCCGAGGACGCGCCCCCCGGGGGCUCGGCCCGGACCCCGGAAGCGCCCCCCGACGGGGCCAACGCGAGCUGCAGCCCGCGCCCCGGGACGGCAGGGGCGGCGAUGGGGGGUGAGGCGGGCGCGCCGGCGGGGGGAGCCGGGGGCUUCUCCCCGAGCGCCGCGCUCACCGCGCCCUGUCCCGCAGCUCGGGUCUUCUCCGUGGUGACGGCCGUCUCGGUGCUGCUGCUGCUGCUGCUGUCGCUGCUGUCGCUGCUGCGCCGACGGAGCGGCCUGCUGGCUCCGGGAAAAGGGCCCCAAGCCAAGGGGACUUCGGGCCCGGGGAGAAGUUGGGCCGUGUGGUACCGCCGGCCUCGAGGGGUGACCCUGCCCUGCCCCCCCGGGGACCCCCAGGCGGAGGGUCUAGCCGCAAGUUACCGGCCUCUGAGCGCCUCCAGCCAGAGCUCCCUGCGCUCGCUCAUCUCUGCGCUGUGA